AUGAGUAGUCCUGACAGGAAAACCUUGCAUAUUGCCAUGUAUCCAUGGUUUGCUAUGGGGCACUUGUCCCCAUUUCUCCACAUCUCUAACAAACUAGCCGAGAGAGGCCAUAGAAUCUCAUUCUUCCUACCUCAAAAAACACAAGCCAAGUUGCAGUAUUACAACCUCCACCCUGAUCUCAUCACUUUCUACCCCCUCACCAUCCCUCACGUCGAGGGCCUCCCUCAGGGCGCCGAGACCACUGCCGACGUCCCAUUCCCUCUUCACACUCUUGUCGUCACCGCCAUGGACCUCACUCGCCCCCAAAUUGAGAAGUUUCUCCGAGAACUCAAACCGGAUUUGGUCUUCUACGAUUUCUCUCAUUGGUUGCCCCAACUGCUACGUGAGCUAGACGGUAACAUCAAGUCAGUUCUCUACUGCAUUAUUAGCCCCGUGACAAUAGGUUACCUUCUAAGUCCAGAGAGGAAGCUAACCGAAAAACCGUUGGUGGCUACUGAUCUUCUAGAGGCUCCUACUUCCUUUCCUUCUUCAAUCAUCAAGCUAAGGACACAUGAAGCCCGAGGACUAACUUAUGUGACAAACCAAGAGUACGGGCGCGGUGUGACAUUUCUUGAACGACAACUGACCUCUUUGGGGGAAUGUGACGCCAUUGGUUUCAAGACAUGUAGAGAAUUCGAAGGGAAGUUUUGUGAUUACAUAGAAGAGCAGAUGAAGAAGCCGGUGAUUCUUGCGGGGCCGGUGGUGCCGGCCCCUCCUAGCUCGGCGUUGGAGGAGAGAUGGGCGGAGUGGCUCGGAGGGUUUGAACCAGGAAGUGUGAUUUAUUGUGCUUUCGGAAGCGAAUGCGUGCUGAAGAAGAAACAGUUGCAAGAACUGGUGUUGGGAUUCGAGCUCACCGGUCUGCCCUUCUUUGCUGCGCUGAAAACGCCGGUGGGAUUGGAGUCCAUAGAAGCUGCAUUGCCUGAAGGCUUUGAAGAGAGGGUGAAAGGGAGAGGUGUUGUUCACAGUGGGUGGGUGCAACAGCCGUUGAUACUGAACCACCCAUCUGUGGGAUACUUUGUGACUCACUGUGGUUCGGGGUCUCUAGCCGAGGCGAUGAUGAACCAUUGCAGGUUGGUGCUUCUGCCGCACGUCGGAGACCAAAUCAUCAAUGCAAGAAUGAUGGGAGGUGACCUGAGAGUAGGAGUUGAAGUCGAAAAGGGAGACGAAGAUGGCUUGUUUAGCAAGGAAGGUGUAUGCAAAGCUGUGGAGGCUGUGAUGGAUGAUGAGAGUGAGGUAGGGAAAGAAGUGAAGGCUAACCAUGCUAAGUGGAGGGAGUUCUUUUCCAACAAAGGGCUUGAGAAAACGUACAUUGAUUGUUUUGAGCAGAGGCUACAUCAACUGUUAGAAUGUUAA